AUGUUCUCAUUUGUCAGAAUAAAAGUUAUUCUGCAAUCUCGUGAGCAUCGUAAAAUUCUGCAGUGUGAUAGCCACCAAUUGCUAUUUAUUUGUGUUUCUUCAAGGAAAUGGUUACCAGUGGGCUAUCAUGGACGUUCGUCGAGUAUUCAGCCAUCCGGAACCAGUUUGCGUCGACCAUGGGGACAGACAAAAGCUGAUGACGCUGCUCAGCCAACGUUCGGUCCGUCGAAAUUGGUUGAUUUUGAACUGGAAAUGGCGUUCUUUGUCGGCGGUCCACCAACGGAAGUCGGUGAAACGAUUCCAGUCAAUAAAGCUGAUGAGAGAAUAUUCGGAAUGGUUCUUAUGAACGAUUGGAGUGGUCAGUUUUGUGUGGUGCAGUAUCACGUUUUCGAAUGGCUGAAUUGUGGAAUAUGUGCGAUUUCUAUAAAUAUGUAA